AUGGCUGAAGCUGUUCAGGGAACUCGAAGAAUUUUGAAUUGCGAACCGAAACAUGAUAAGUCGAAUUUUGCGGUGGUGAGUUUUUUGGGCUUUUGAACAUAAAUAAAAUUGAACCAUUUUGAUACCAACAAUUGUUUUCCCUUUCGAAAUUUUUUGUGAUACAUUUUUUUUUUCGAUCCUCAAAAAAUUGUCAUGCAAAUUUAAAAAAUUGUUUCCAAAAAAAAUUUAACUGUUUCAACGGUUUUCUGAAUUUCUAAAGAUUUUAAUUGUAAUCAUUGUGAAUAUGUAACGUAGUUUCUUACAAGUUUAUCUGAAAAUUAGAAACGAAUUGAAAGUUGGCGGCUAAAGUUUUAAAAAAUUUCACUGUUUUAAGUUUUUUCUUCAAUUUCUGAAAUCUGAUCACCUCACAUUUUCUCCCAAAAAAUCCUUUUUUUGUUUAGAAUUGGAUGUAUGAAAUUGCUUCGGGUGUUGAUCACGCAGGUUUCGAAUAUUGUCGAAUUACGAAUGUUUUACACGAUGAUGCACAUAAUGAUGGAUUGGGUCUUUCAAGAAGAGAAGACGCAUUGAAAAGAAGUUUACAUGUGGCUUGUAGGUAAGAAAUAAGAAGAUUUUCCGAAAAUUGAAAUAUUUGAUAUUUUUUUUGUUAAAUAAAAAAUCACAAAAAAUUUCAAUUUCAAUUAAAUUCCAGUUUCCCAACAAAAUCUUCACAAUUUCCCCCUUUUCAGCACCAAAAAACAGUUGUACUCCCUAUUUUUGAUAUCUCCUGUGGAUAUUGACAUGUGUUUAUUGGAAAUGGAUGUCGAAGGUGCUGAAGCAGGUUAUUAUAUACAACGAGAUGGUGAAGAUUUUGGAAUCAUACAAGAAUUUUCGAAAUUUCAUGAUUUGAAUCUAGAUGGAUUUUAUUUGGUGGAUGAUGUGAAAAAAAAUGAAGGAGAACCGAUGGAAGUUGAUGAAAAUGCGCUGAGAAUUGAUACGGGAAAUAAUCAAUUGGUAAGUAGAAGGAAUUUUGAGCAUUUUGUUAUCAAAUAUGAUGAGGACUUCAAAAUUUAACUUUAGUUGUUGAAAAUUCUUGAUUUUUAUUCCUUUACCAACUUAUAAAAUGAGUCUACAAAUUCUUAUUUUCAAAAAAUUGCCUCGUUGAUUGAAAAAAUAUAUUUUAUUCAUUGAAUUUAAAAAUCAAUUAAACAUUUCACUGUUUCAAAAUCUUUUCCAUUUAUCCCAAUUUUAUUCAUUUUUUUUUCAGACCAAAAGUGCCUAUGAAAAAUUGGUCAGUUUUGGGCAAGUUUUUCCAAUUUUCAAUGACGAAUUGAUUAUUUUGGUGAGUUUUUCCCCUUUUUUCUGAAAAUCUGAAUUUCUGCAAAUAUUUUCUAGGCAAAUUACGAGUCAAAUGAUGAAAAUGGCGGAGUGAAUCGAAGAAUGAUGAGAUAUGUAGUGGAUCAUGGAAAAAAGCUGGCUUGGAUUGUACAAGAUGUAAGCUUUUUUUGGGGUCAAGAAAAUCUGCAAUUUUUCUGAUAAGCGCGAGAAAAUUUGGGCUUUUUGAAGCCAAAAUCUGAAAAUCCCUGAAAACAAAACAAUCCCUGAAGCUCAUUACUUUCUUUACUACACAAAAUUUUAAUCCUAUUUUGACCACAGCCAUUAUAUGUGUUUUUUUUCCAUUUCUAUAAAAUAUAUACACAUUGUGUUGUUCAAAAAAAGGAGAAAAUUGAAUUUUUGAUGAAAGAAUUUGUAGUUUGAACGGGGAGUUUUGAGCUGGAAUUAUAGUUUAAUAUUCUGAUUUUUAGCCUGAAAAAACUUGCGAAAAAACACUUCAAACUAGAUUUUUGCUCUGUUUCUUAGGAAAUGCUUGAAUUUUUGAGCACGAAAAUUAGAUUUAGAUUUUAUUUUUUGAGUGGAUUUUUGGUCUAGGCUGUGAAUCAGGUAAUUUUUCUAGAAAAAUAUUUAAAAUUUUAUUUUUUUCAAUCCUUAUACACUUUCAGUACUCCAGAGAAUUUUCAAAUAUUAAAUAAAUUAAUCUUGCACUUUUAAAGUUACAUUUCCGGAUUUCCUUAUUUUCAAAAUCAGAAAUUAAUUCUAGGAACUCUGAAAAUAAAAAUUCGUCUCAAUCCAGAUUUUAAUGGUCCCAAAAAAAUGCAAAUUUCUAUUUUGAACUCGAAAAAUUAUCUUAAAUAUAUAAAAUUGAUAAUACAGAGUGUGAUAUUCAGCAAUCCUCUCAAAUUUCAAUUUCAGGAAGGCUGGGGAACAUCAGAAGUCGUCGAAUGGGCCGAAUUCUGUCCAUAUAUGCGCCGCGGUGUUUAUGUUCAUGAUGAAGGAACUCGAGUUGCCAUAUUCCAUUUUGAGAAUCCACAACUUGAUUAUCAGAGAAAACGAAAAAAGGAUCCGAUUGCCGAAAUGAGUGAGAAUAAUGAAGAGGGAACUAGUGAUGGAACACAUCAAACGGUAUGUGAUGGGAAAAGGGAAAAGAGAUUGGGGGGGGGGAUAUUUAUUUAAAUCUAAAAUACUGAAAAUUUGUACAACGCCCAAUUUUUAACCCAAUUUAACUCUAAAUAUUCUGUGAUUUUCACAAAAACUAUACUCUAGUUUGACUGAUACAAAAAAUUGGUGAUGAAUUUUAAAGUCAAAUUGAAAUUUGGCUUAUAAUAAAAUUCGAAUUCACAAAUGUUGUGCUUCGAAAUUCGCAGUAAUCACUGAAGUUUGCUAUGUUAUAAUGAAAUUGUGUUUUUUCUCAAAAAUCCACUUUAUCCUAUUUUUCCACCUCAAAAAUCCCCUGGAUUUCGAUGAUUUUUGAAAUUUUGAGCUUAUGAGCUGAGCUGUCAUAAUUUAUUCGAACUUUUUUGUUUUUCUCCUGAAUAACCUCUAAUUAUCACCUGUUUUUCAAAGACGCGGAAUAAAUUAAACUUUUUCUGAAUCCCCUAUAGAAAUCAAUAUUUCUACACAAAAAACAGCUUUUUAUGAAUCAUUUGAAUUUCCGCUUGAUUUUCGAAAAUCACAGCUCAAAAUCCGCUUUUUUCGCUAAUUUUUUUGUAGAUCAAAAAUUAGAGCUAACAAAAUUAAUUUUGUUUUUUUUGCAGAUUGAAAAAAUUACGUCAAAAAGAAUGUUCUAAGAAUGAACCCCCGCUAGAAAAUUUCUGACAAAAGUCAGAAAAAAAAACAGCUGAAAAAAUGAUUGCUCAUGUUCGAUUUGACAUUUUGGCACCAUGAAUUUUUUUUGAAAAUUUAAAUUAUUCGAAUUUCCGCCAAGUCUGUGACCCUUCAAAAAAGCUUCCAAAAAAUUGUAGUGAAAUAAUAAAGACGAAGAAAUAACGAGUUAUUUUAUGAGCUUGUUAUUUUUUGUUUGAAACAAUAAAAAUGUAUUUUUUGCUCGGUUUUUUUCGCGUCAUUUUUGAAGUUGAUCUUUGGUCCAAAUUUUUACUUGGCCCCAAUUUUUUUUCAAAAAAAAAAUUGAACUUUUACUAGAUUUUCAGACAAAUUAACAUUUAAGGCGGAAACUUUUUGAAUGUCAACUUUUUUCGAAUUAAUUAGCACCUGCUUUUGAUUUUUUGACGCGGAAUCAGUUAGGAAUCGAAAGGUCGUGCCGAAAAACUACGGUAAUUUGAACACUUAAAUUGACCUCAAAAAUCUACAGUAGCCUAGUGAAUUAGCCACGUCAGUUAGCUGAUAUAUUACUACUGUAGAAAAAGUUUCCUGACAUCGAAAAAUUAAAACCUAAAAUUUCUGGUGCUAAACCCCUACAGUAAUCUUGGGACGUCAUAUCUCAUAUUUUCAGCACCCUUCGAAGUUUCGUCAUUUGAAAAAAAAAACAUUUUUGAAAAACACUCAUUUCCGCCCGAAAAAAUGUGACUUUUUUGCUUAAUUUUGUGUUUUUCUCUAAUAAUCACAGAUCAGAAAAUAAAAAAAAAGAGAUUUUUCUUUUAUUUUUUGUUCUAACCAAUAAGCUCGUCAUUUUCUUUUUUUCCAAUUGUUCAUCCAUCAUUUAUGAGCAUUUUUGUGCUCCAGAGAAAUAAUAAGAAAAAGGUAAAUAAUAAUUCUUAAAAUAACAAGCCCAAGCCUUCUUUGAUCUUUGAAAAACCAUAAAUUUUUCAGGUUUUUCAAGAAAUAUUGCGUAGAAUUGUGUGCAAGUUCAAUUUGUGUGGGAAACCCAAAAUGAAAAUAUCGUGUACUUUUCUGAGUUGUUUUUACAAGAAUUUUAGAUUAAAAAUGAUGCGAAAAGCGGAUUUUGUGAAUAGCGGAAAGAAUUUUGAGCUAGAAAAUUUGAUAAACUUUGGUGCCGCAAAUCCAUAAACUGUAGGUCUGAAUUUCUCGCCAAAAAGUGUCGAAUUUGUCUAGAACAUGCUGAAAUAAAUUCAGAUUUUGGCACCAAAAAUCCAUGCCUAAUUUUUAAAAGAAGCCACAAUUGUGUUUAGAUUUAUGAAAAUUUCCGGAACAAUUAGCGUUACUAUUUUCAUCAUUCGAAAAAAAAACAAAUACAUUUUUUUCGUAUUUUCAUCACAAUUAUUGUAUCUCCUCCAAAAGAACUACACAGAACACGGAAAAAUACGAUGUUUUCAUAGUUCCGUGAAAUUAUUUUUUCUGGAUUAAAAGUCCACAGCAAAUUUUGAAUCGGGCCGCCAGCUAGGAAAUUCACGUGGCAAAAGUCUGAGAUCUCCAAAAUGUCAAGAUUAAUUUGAAAGAAGUCCCUGAUUCAUUUUCAAUUUCUAAAAAUAUUUGUUUUUUUCUCCAAAAUCCGAUAUUCUUCGAAUAAAAUGUACUUGUCCGAUUUUUGUUAUCUUCUUCUCGAAAAAAAACAAGAAUCACAGAAAAAAUUCGAAAUUCAUUGAAAAAUUCCUUUCCUCGUUGUUUUUGUUGCUAUUUUUGAAUUUCAAUGUCAAAAACACGCGAAAUUCUUUGGUUGAAACACAGAAUUUUUCGAAAUUAAACCAAACAAUGUUUCCGAAUCAAUCAGGAAGUUAUGACGUGGCACAAAAUGGAAAAAUGGAGGCGGAAAACUAAUUUUUCUAAUAUUUGAAAAUUAUAAAAUAUCACGAGAUAUCGAGAUUUUUGUGUAGUUCUUUUGGACAAUACAAAAAACAUGUGGAUUUAGUUAUUUUGGUGGUGAAAAAUAAGAUCACAUCAUUGUUUUUUUCUGGCCCAAAAUUAACAAUUUGGGGCUUCUUUCAUGUUUCAAUUAGAUUUGUUAGAAAAACUUGGAGAUUAGUCACAUUUUGAACUUGGGACCGGAGUUUAAAGGUACAGUUUGAAUAACUUUAAGAUUUUCCACGUGGAUAACUUUUACUGCUAUGAAAUUGUUAUGUUUGAGACCAAAACAACGCAAAAAGUUUUCCGAGUUUCCCGAUUCUUGAAAAAAACGAGGUGUGAGAAAAAUUAGAAAAUUUCUCUCAUAAAAACGAUUUUCAAAUUUUGUAGUUUUCAAACUCACUGCAGAAAGAUAUUUUAAACCAAAAAGCUUGUCACAAGUCAAAAAAAAAAAAAACAAUUUGAAAUUCCGAAUUUGAAUCCCAAAAACCCUCUAUUUUUUUUACAGACAUUCCGUGAAUUCCAAGCUCGCCGUGAUCGACUUCGCCGACUGAUUCCUUCACAAUACGCUCAAAUCUCGCAAUUCGACGAUAUUAUUGAAGAAUUUAUUGAUACAAAUGCACCCGAUGAUAUGCUCCAAAAUAUGCUAUUUAGAAGAACUUGA